AAAGAUGCGGAUACGCGUCUGCGUCUCAGUGACAAGAGUAGAGAAAGACGAAAAUGGAGACCCACGAAGCGUCGGAGAGCGGCGGCGGAGGGACGCCGGUGAUGUCGACGGGGCCGAAGAAGAGGGGCCGGAAGCCCAAGAACAAGGACGAGUCGCAGACGCCGUCGUCGCAGCAGCAGAGCAGCGCCGGGAGGAUGAAGGAAGGAGGCGGGAAAAAGAGCCACCAACCAUCUGCCGACGAGAAGUACUCUCAGUGGAAGGCUCUCGUCCCUGUCCUCUACGACUGGCUCCCCCACCCUAACCUCGUUUGGCCCUCUCUCUCUUGCAGAUGGGGUCCUCAGCUUGAGCAAGCAACUUACAAGAAUCGCCAGCGUCUUUAUCUCUCAGAGCAAACGGAUGGCAGUGUGCCCAAUACUCUGGUCAUAGCAAACUGUGAGGUUGUUAAGCCGAGGGUUGCAGCAGCUGAACACAUUUCUCAGUUCAAUGAAGAAGCCCGCUCUCCAUUUGUGAAAAAGUACAAGACCAUCAUCCACCCUGGGGAGGUGAACAGAAUCAGGGAACUCCCGCAAAACAGUAAGAUUGUCGCCACUCACACAGAUAGCCCCGAUGUUCUCAUUUGGGAUGUUGAAACUCAACCAAACCGCCACGCUGUCCUUGGAGCUGCAAAUUCUCGUCCGGAUUUGAUACUGACCGGACACCAAGAUAAUGCUGAAUUUGCACUUGCAAUGUGCCCAACUGAGCCAUUUGUUCUCUCUGGAGGCAAGGACAAAUCAGUUGUCUUGUGGAGCAUCCAAGAUCACAUCACGACAGUGGCUACAGAUUCUAAAUCUGCAGGAUCUAUCAUCAAACAAACUGGCCAAGGUAAUGAUAAAGCUGAGGGUCCUUCUGUUGGUCCUCGAGGAAUUUAUCAAGGGCAUGAAGAUACAGUUGAAGAUGUAGCAUUCUGCCCAUCUAGUGCGCAGGAAUUCUGCAGUGUUGGUGACGAUUCUUGCCUCAUACUAUGGGAUGCACGAACUGGCACAAGCCCAGUCAUGAAGGUCGAGAAGGCUCAUGAUGCUGAUCUUCAUUGUGUUGAUUGGAACCCUCAUGAUAACAAUCUGAUUCUGACAGGGUCAGCAGAUAACACUGUUCGGUUGUUUGAUCGCCGAAACCUUACUUCUAAUGGAGUAGGGUCACCUAUUUACAAAUUUGAGGGCCAUAAAGCUGCUGUUCUCUGUGUUCAGUGGUCUCCUGGCAAGUCAUCUGUAUUCGGGAGUUCCGCAGAAGAUGGCCUCUUGAACAUUUGGGAUUAUGACAAGGUGGGCAAGAAGUCAGAGAACGGAGCUAAAGGACCUGCUGGGCUGUUUUUCCAGCACGCUGGUCACAGGGACAAGGUCGUGGACUUUCACUGGAAUGCAUCGGACCCAUGGACUAUCGUCAGUGUUUCAGAUGACUGUGAGACCACUGGUGGUGGUGGCACAUUACAGAUAUGGAGGAUGAGCGAUUUGAUUUACAGACCGGAAGACGAAGUCUUGGCCGAGCUGGAGAAGUUCAAGUCACAUGUGCUCUCAUGUGCCUCCAAGCCUUGACAUGAACGUCAGAUGUCUGUUUCAUUACAGGAAGGAAUCAAGAGAGAUUUGGUAGCUUUAGGGCUUUGUGGUUUGGUUAUUGAUCGUGUUUUUCCCGGAUUAGCAGUAGGCUUUUGUGGUCUGGUUAUGAUGUUGAGUUGGUUUAACCAAACCGAACCGGUCAGUAUUGAGCCUGAUUUAUGUUAACCGGUCAAAUCCCAAUUACAUUGUUGCUCAAAGGAUGGAACCCUGGAUUGACGAAA